UCAAGUGAUUGUGCCUCGGUCGUCAUCUUCAGUGGACUACUCCAGACUUUCAUGCCGUCAUCUUAGACUUUUCGGCUACUCCAAAAAUUUUCAGGAUCGCAAACAAGGAAAAGAUAAUCCUCGAUUUUUUUUCUCUACUUCAACGAAAUAUCCGAAGGAGAGACGAUCAGUAUUUACAUUUUUUUCAACACACGCGGUGAUUAAUUUAUCAGUCGUGGGAGAAAACGGGUACCGAAUAAAAAAAAAUUCCAUUAAAACAGGAUUAAAGAUAGUGUAGAAUCGCGUGCGAGGAUUUUCGAGAAAGGAUUCGGCGUGAUUUUUUUAAAUCACCAUUAUUAAAAUUUGUGUUGCGAUUUGUUUAAAUCCCUGCCGAUUGAUUUAUAUAAAUAGGUGAUCGGGAUUGAUUGUUUUAGAUUGUGUGAUUGUUAACGGUGUGAUUUCUGAGACUGUCGAUGAUCGUAGACGGAGGAAGGAACAAGUUUUAGGAGCUGAACAAACUUUGACAAUGUUCAUAUUUCUUCGGUAAACUGAAUUAUUUCGGCCAAUUAGUAUGUAGGGUAAAUAUUAUCUAGACUCAAACUUUAACGUUUGAAUAUUUUUAAAAUUUUAAUUAAUUUUAUAAUCAAUUUGAGUCGUAUUUUCAGCUUUGAGAGAAGGGAAGCCGAAAAAUUACUUUGUAGAAAGUGAAUUUUAGUUAAAUUUAUUUUUUAAAAAUUUAAACCGGACAAAACGGAGUUCCAACACAAGCAGUACUUGCUGAAGUUUAAGAAGAAGAAAAGAUAAAACAUCCCAGUGUUUCGUCUUGUGAUCUAGCCGGCCCCAAACAGACAGACAUGGAAUCGCCGUUUGAAAUCGCCGCCGUCAGGGGCCACAGAUUUUCCGUCAAAGACCUCCUGGACCUGCCGGAAUCCAAGUCGGCAGCGGCACUCGUCUCGCCGCCCGGCAACACCUGCAUGUCCCCACCCCAGGGGCUGCCUCACCCGCGCCCCAUGCCUCACACUCACCCCGAGGGGUCGUUGGACCUUCGGCAGGGGCGUCUCCACAUCCCCAUGCCCGGGGGUCUGUCGCACCGGGAGACCGACGUGUCGGCCCUACAGCACUCGUACUACGACACCGACAACCCCUACACAAGAUGGCUGCAUAACAAUGAAAACAUCCACUACGGCCAUCUAAACAGCAUGGCGCCGUCCCACCCCCAUCCGGCCAGUAACCCCAACAGCAACAGUCCCGUCAGCCACGAGCUCCACAGCGACGCCUCCCAGCACGACAACCGCAGCAGCAACGCCGCCACGCCCAUCAAGGACUGCUACGACGACGACGACGACGACGAUGACGACGACGACGACGAUAAGAGCGGGGACGACAAGUCUAAGGUCAAGGACGCCGCCGACUCCCAGGGCGAGUCGGCGAACGGCGACCCGCCCAAGAAACGGAAGCGGCGGGUGCUCUUCUCCAAAGCCCAGACAUACGAGCUGGAACGGCGGUUCCGGCAGCAGAGGUAUCUCUCGGCGCCGGAACGGGAACACCUGGCCAGCAUCAUCCGGCUCACACCUGUCCAGGUGAAAAUAUGGUUCCAGAACCACCGGUAUAAACUUAAAAGGUCCAGACAAGAAAAAGGUCUGGCGGAUUUGAACCCGUUGCCUUCGCCUCGCCGUGUCGCCGUGCCGGUGUUGGUGAAAGACGGCAUCCCUUGUCAGCGUCCCUCCAUGGGCGGGUCCCUGAAGACCCCCGACCACCAGCACCACCUCUCCAUGCAGUCGGGUAUGUCCAACAUGGGCAUGGGGAUGAACCACGGCGGGCUGAACCACAUGAGCUCAGGGUACGGUCACAUGGGCUCAAGCGUGGCCUCGACUUUAGCCAACUCCAUGUCGAUGAACAUGAACAUGAACAUGAGCUGCUCGUACAACAACUCCAUCGGGCACCUGAACGUGCCGAGCGUCAACAACAUGAAUGUGUUGCCCGGGUACAGCCACCCCCUUAUGCAGCCGCAGGGGAGGUGGUGGUGAUGAGACGCCGGUGUGGAUGUGUGCGUGCAUGCGUGAGCGAAAGGCAGAAUGAGUGUCUAACUUAGCUGAUCGAAACUGUAAAAAACAUUGUACAGGAAUUGUGUACAAAAUAGUGUACAAAAAGGACAAAAAACCUACUCGUUUAUAGAAGAUACGUGUACAAUAAUGUGUAUAUAUGUGUACAAGUUGCUUGUACACAAUCUGAAGAGGGUGGAUGUGUACUAAAGUAUAAAAUAUGAACGAUGAUUUCUUUUUAAAACUUUUACUCGGUGUAUUUGCGAGAACAAUGCUAACUAGUUAUAAGACAUAAUCAUACAUUAUGUUUUACAUCACACAUACGUAUAAUAUCUCCAACAAGAUACAUACUAAUGAUCAAUUUAAAAGAAUCAUUUAAAAUAUUUGAAUCACGACGUAUGCAAACAAUGUUUUGACGUUUUACUACAUCAAACAAGAUGUUUAAAAACGAUGUUUGGAUGUUUUCAUAACGUGGUUUGGUGAAUGGAAAACUAGUUUGGAAAAACAGAAAACAUGUUUUGACGUAGAAAACAGUUUUGGACAAAGCUUAUUGAUACAAAUAGAAAUGAUGCUUGGACAAACGGAAAGCAUACUUGGGACAAAAAAAAGCAUUCUUAGACAAAUAGAAACGUGUUUGGACAAAUAAAAAACGUGUUUGAACGAAUUAAAUCCAGUAUGCUGAUGACGUGUAUAGCUUUACCUUUGCCAGCACUAAGCCACCAGCGAGCACUACGUCAUCGAUUCAUGUGUACAUCGGAUGCCCAACUUGACUGCCAAUACCUUUUGUCAUCAACAUUGUGCAUACAAAUGUAUGUGUGUACUUUUUCAUUAUGUGUUAGUAAAUAGUAUACUCAUGUAUUAAAUUUACUGUAAGACCGUCUAUUUUUAUGACGAAUAAAAUGUGUCUUGACUUUUUACGUAAGACAUGAGUCUAAAUUUAAAAAAAAACUGCUUUUAACACAUAAAAAAUAACAACCAAACUCUAUAAAUUUUAAAGAGUGAUUUUCGGGUAUAAAAAUAGAAAAAUACAUUUGUUAUUGAUUAAGAUGUUACUGAUCAAAUUACUUCGACACUGUGGUAUCGAGCCAACAAUACCCAUGUGUACAGCUUCAGAAAAAUUACCUCCAACCUUUAACCUUGUGAAGUCAUUUUAUCUUUACAAAAUUCUUUUAUUUUUAGUUUGCAGAGGUUAAAUCGUCCAUCCACGCUAAACUUAUUUUGUUUAGCGGUUCCGAAAAGCAAUAAUACUACACCAUCCAUGCAGCAAUACUACUACAUCACCCAUGCUACUCUCCUGCCUAUAUAAACAAAAAUAUUGUCAGACAAUCGUCUUUAUAACACUAUAUAACACUCCAAUUAAGCGAUUGCCUGUCACUUCAAUAAAGUUACAUUUUCCCUAAAGUUAGUACAUUUGACAUCGACGGUGUAAAUUAUAUAUCUUACAGAACACGUCGACUUAGAUGCAUUAUUUUUCAAUGUCUUAAUGCAUUUAAAUGAUGCACUAGACGUAACUGGCAUGACAGAGGAUUAAAUGACAAAAUGACAAAUGACAAAUACAAUUGUUGGCGAUGAAUGCCUGAUAUAAUGAAGCUGUUUCGAACAUUUGAAUUUGUUGAUUUUUUUUUACUGAUCAAAAUAAUGUUGAUAUUUCCUUAACGUCCACUUUGUAUUGAAUAACGAUAUACCUAUUGUUUAUUUUUCUUGUUAAUUGAUUGAGUGUAUUGAUUUUGAUUGGUUACGAGCUGUUAACAAUUAGUUUUUUAAAUGUAUAAAAGGAAAGAUUUGAAAGAAACAAACAAAAAAAAAAGAUUAACAAAAGAACAAUA